CUUAUUAAUCUUAACAUUUAGUUGAAUGGUCAACUGCAUGACUUGAGUGGGGCAAGAUGGUGCAGUGAAAAGGAAGAUGGGGCCUGACCUCCCCUGAAAGCAGUAAAAUUGAACAUCUCUAAUACAUCAUCAACAACAACCAUUAUUUUAAUCAUAGUAUUUUUGAAUUAAUGAUAUGAAUAGGUUAAAGGAAACAUGUUUUUCAGCGAAGGACGCAUAGUAUUUUCUCUAUGAAUGACUGGCAAUGACCGUGUAAGUCUCUCUCUCUGGGGAGCGCACUCUCCUACCUUUUUAUAUUGAAAGUAAACAACAACAGUCAUUGUGGUCUACUGUAAUAUACAUUGUUAAUGAUGAACAAGUUGGACCUUGAUGAGGUAUGAUGAAGGGAAAUUCCCCACUGCACAGUACUUCCUUGUACUAACUUCAUAUACUGAUUUGAGCAUUCAUUAUGCUGAAAUCGGUAAAGGGAGCACUCCUCCACUUGAUCCACUUCUCUUCUCUCAUCUUGAUGAUACUACAGAUAAAAUGGAAAUAGCUGUGAUACAGUUCAUCAUCGUCGGAGUCAUCUCAGGUUUAACCAAAGGAGUUGAAGUGUUGCCAGACCGUCUUUUGAAUGCAACUGCGGGAGGGACAAUGGUGUUCACCACAACACUGACUCCAUCAGAGAACCCCUUUACAUUUGUGGAAUGGAAAUUUGGUGACCAAAGUAUAAUCAGUACAAAUACUAAUGCAACUGCAGAUUAUGAAGGCAGAGUCACCCUCUUCACUUCUACUGGAUCUCUGGAGCUCAGGAAUCUGGUUCUGAGUGACAGUGGAGAAUACAGAGUUCUCAUUAUACCACAGGGAGGAUCAUUACUGGAAGGAAACACCAGACUGGAAGUUUAUGAGAGAAUAUCAGGCGUUGCUGUCACAUCAUCAAACCUGUCGAUUGAAGGGAACUCUGUCAACUUAACCUGUGAUGCUGCUGCUGGCUCCAUCUUUACCAGACUGUGGAAGAAGGAUGACUCAGAUCUGAUCCUGACUGACAACAUGGCACUUUACGAGGAGAACAGAGUUCUGUCCUUUAAAAGUCUGUCUAAAACAGACAGUGGAAAAUAUUCUUGUGAAAUCAGCAACCCUGUCAGCAACGAUAAAGCUCAGUACAUCAUGAUUGUUAACUAUGGACCAGAAAAUGUUCAAAUUGAAGGCCCAAGCAAGAUCGAUUUUGAGCAGAACUUAACAUUAACCUGCUCUGCUGAGUCUGAACCACCUGCUAGUUACACCUGGACACUGAAUGGGACAGAGAUACACAAUUCUUCUGUGUUCACUAAAGUCAUCACUGGGAUUUCUGACAGUGGCAACUACACCUGUCAAGCCAUGAACAACAUAACUGAGAGAACAUUAUCAGCGGUGCAUCAAGUGACUGUAACAGCCAUCCAAGGUGAAACAUCGAGCUGUUCGGCUGGUUGCAUCGCUGGAAUAGUAAUUGCCUGUUUGGCCGUCUGUGCAGCAGCUGGUGGUGGAGGGUACUACCUCUAUACCAAAAAGCGAUCAGAAAAUUAAAUCAUCUUGACCUGCACUGAGAAGAAGUGACACCAAUUUGUUUAGAAUUUCAGCUUUUUCUCCUCCAUGUUAAGAUUAUCCAGUUGAACUCACCGGUAACACGAUUAUCAGUGUAUCUGAAUGUGUUAUUUUUAGACACCCAGAAACAGAAAUAUGCUUGAAGCUGCAUUCACUGACUCUUUAACUACUUGGAGGCAAAAGAGCUCCACAGGAAAAUGCAGUGACAUUAUAUCCUCAUCAUUUCAGGGCCAGUGCAGCAUAUGAACACCUGAUGUCCAUUAUUCACUCUUUUAUAGCAGGUAGUCUUUACAGUUAGCCUUUUGCUGAAAACUCUGAAAACACAAUGUGUCAAGUCAGUGUUGUUGAGAUAGCUGAAAAUCACAAUGCUUCAACAUGCUUUACAAUCGGUACAGUGUACAAAACCUCUUAUGCCUCAAUCCUUGAUUUACUAAUAAGCAAAGAAGUCGGAUGCAACAGUCACACAGGCAAUCAAAAUCAUCAACAGAACAUACACAUUAUAAUUAAAGAGUUUCAGAUACAUUUAGAUUAUAAAAUAUUUUUACUGAUCCAGGAGGUGCUGAGCAGCUGGAGGUGUGUUGCAUAAAGAUUGUUAUUUUUGAGAGUAAUUGAGAGAUAACAUAAUAACUUUGGACCUGGGUGACAUUUUAGAGUCCCUUUAUGUUUACUGUUUUAAGAAUAUAGAAUAUAUUUAUUUGAAAAUAAGUCCACUUGCUUUUAUUGCACAUGAACAGCUGAGUAAAAAGAACCAUUUCUUGUUCUGCUUUUAAUAAAUAGGGAUAAAUAUGUAUUCAAUUAUGUUGUUUGAUAUUUGAUGCAUUGAAAUGACUUUCAUUGCUAUAGAUAUCUUUUGUAUACUUUGCUUAUUUCUUACAGUGUAUAUCUAAUCUUAUGUUCAGUGUUCUCUUAUGUUCCGACCUCGAUAUUGAAAAAUUGAAAAAUGAUUUGGUUGAGAUAAGACAUUAUGCACAUAAUGAUAAGCUUGUCUAUGUCAUGUGGUUCUGACAGCAAUUGAAUAUGUAAUGUUGUUUAAAUAUAAUAUCCUAACACUGGCAACUGUGUGAGAAAGGAGAUUUAAAGUGCACUAUUUCAAUAAAACUGUAUGUACAAAUG